ACCCCACCCCUUCUCUGCCCUCACUCUCUGCCCCUAGAUUCUCUCUCUCCUUUUUUUUAUUUUUUUUAUUUUUUUGUAUAUACGUAUUGUAUUUGUAUAUUUUGAGCUUUUUAUUGAAACAAUUGAUUUUGGGUAUCCUCAAUUUUAGGACUUUUUAUUUUUUUUGUAAUUUUUAUUUUGGCUUUGGUUUUAGCAAUAAGACGGAUUUGAAUGAUUAAUUUUCAUUUUAUUAUUUAUAUAUUUUUCCCUCUCUUCUUCUUCGAAGCAAAUUAACAUAGCUCCAGAAGGAUAGAUAAAGAUGAUCGGUUACGAGAAUGAAUUGGUAAAUAGGUAAAAUUUCCUUCUGGGAUUCCUGUUGCGUAUUAAUCUUAUAACCCCAUUUGAGUAUAACCUAAGCAAGAAACAAAGUAAAACGAAUUGAAGAAUAUUGGAAUUUGUUUCGAUGCGAUUUGAUCUGAUAUAGCUGUGUGAAUUGAAGAAUCUUUAUAAUGUUAUUUAUUGGGUUGGAACUUGUGGUUUAAUAGUUGGGUUCUUGGUGUUGGCUUUUUUGUGUGUGCAAAGAUAGAUGGGAAGGGGAGGGAGGGUUAAUUGUGAGAGAAAUUUUAAGAAUAGGGAUAGGUCUAAAGAUAAGGGUUCUGAUGAUUCAGAUGAGGAUUAUGUGGCUGAAGUUGAGGAAAAUGCAUCUGAUGAUUAUUCAGAGGAUUUGGGGAAUUCUUUAGAUGAGUAUGCAUCAGAGGAGAGUUUUGGCAGUUAUGUCGAAGAGGAAGAAGAGGAAGAGGAAGAGGAAUUUAGGGAAGUUGUUAGAUCAAAAAAUAACAAGGGUUCUAAAGCAAAUGGGAAAACUGGGGGUAAAACUUCGCGGAAAAGGAAAAGGGUAUCUUAUGAAGAGGAAGAAGAUGAGGAUUAUGUUAAUGGUGAUGAUGAUGAUGACGAUGACGAUGAUGAAUUCUCUCCAGAUGAUGAAGAUGAUGAUUUUCUGGAUGAGGAUGAAGAAUUAACAGAAAAAAAGAAGAGUAAUUACAUGAAAGUAGGCAAAAGGAGCAUGCAGAAAAGGGGCUCUAGAAGAGGUAGAAAAAAGAGGAGGAAAACAAAGAUUUCAAAGAAGCCUUCAGUUAAGAAAGGAAGAAAAACCCGUAGAUUGAGAAAGAAAGAAAGGUGUGAGUAUGAUGAUGAAGAUGAUGGUGAUUUUAUGGAUGAGAAUACGGUCGUACGAGAAAAUAGCAGGAAAAAUUCAGGUGUGAGGAGGAGGAGAUAUGCUGUAUAUUCAGAUUCAGAUUUUGUUUCUUCUGGAUCAUCUGAUUAUGAUUUUACCAUCUCAGAGGAAGAGAGAGAACAGAUGAGAGAAGCUAGUGAUUUGUUUGGAGAAGUAAAGACUGGUUUGAGGAGCUUAUCUUCUGUAAAGAAAAUUCAGGAGAAUGGGGAUAUAUUCCAACAUGGAAAACCCAUGGCAAGAAAAGGUAAGGAGAAGGUAAAGGAAGAGAAAUCCGAGGUGGGAAAGCAGGUGUGUGGAAUAUGCCUAUCAGAAGAGGAUAAAAGAAGAUUGAGGGGAACACUGAAUUGCUGCAGUCACUAUUUCUGCUUCACUUGCAUCAUGGAGUGGUCAAAAGUGGAGUCACGUUGCCCUCUGUGCAAGCAGAGGUUUAAUACAAUAACCAAGAAUGGAAGAGCAGCUGUGGGAGUGGAUCUUAGAAAUGUGGUGAUACAAGUUCCCAAGCGCGAUCAGGUCUAUCAACCAUCAGAGGAAGAAAUCCGGAGCUUUAUUGAUCCAUAUGAAAAUGUGAUUUGUACAGAAUGCCAUGAAGGUGGGGAUGAUGGCCUCAUGUUACUAUGCGAUCUCUGUGAUUCACCCGCACAUACCUACUGUGUUGGUCUUGGGCGGCAGGUACCUGAAGGCAAUUGGUAUUGUGAUGGCUGUCGUCCUGUUGCUCUUGGAUCCUCGAGCUCCCUACCUCAGGAUACUUUGCCUGAUCAAAGGACAGCAAACAACAUGUUUAAUAGACCAUCUCCUGUUGUGAAUAAUGGUGAAGGCAUAGACCUGACUUUAGAGCCUUCACCUCGGCUAGCAUUCGCUCAAGGAUUUGGGAAUUUGUCUUCUCCCAGAUUUCCUAUAGGCGAUGUACAGGCAGCUUCUCCAGUAUCUGGAGGAGGGGCACCAACUCUAUCAGUGAGACGCCAGAUACACCGUCAUAUACAAAAUAUCCUUUCCAUGAGCAGAAUGAAUAAUAUGGCUAACAGAACUGAUGGUGUUUCAGCUGCCAACUUUCAUAGUGAUGUUCCCAACUCUCUAGUUGAUCCAUGUAGGGAAACCACUGUUCAAAAUUCAAGGACACAAGAAAUGGGGGCAUCACAGAGUACAUUCCUUGAUGUGAGAUUACAAACUAAUGAUCAUCCCUCUUCGUCAGUGCAAAAUAGAGAUCCUUUUUCUUUGAGACCAAAUCAAUUGAGAACUCAAGUAGUUCAGGAUCCAACUAUUUUAAGUACCGACAGGUCUAUCAAUUUGACAUUAUGGCCUGAGCUCACGGGGAUCAACUCUAUAUCUGGCCAUCAGCAAUUCGAUCAAUGCAACAGCAGACCAGGCAUUGCAUGUGAAGUUAAUUUAUCACCUCACAGACUUAGAGAAGAGAGUCAAUUCUACGUGGUAAAGGAACAAUUGCAAUCAAUAGUUAAAAGCCACUUGAAAAACUUGUCUCAAGACAUUGAAUUAGGCCACGAUACUUUUAAAGAUAUUGCAAGGAGUUCUACUCAUACCAUCUUAGCUGCUUGUGGCCUUGAGCACAAGAGGAGCGAAGUUCACUCUGUGCCACCGCCAUCAAUCUGCAUCCAUGGUGAUAGAUUGAUUGCUGGACAGACAAGUAUAAUGAAAGAUUUUUGCUCAUCUUGUUUUGAUUCAUUUGCACGUGACGUAGUGAAGAGAAUCAUGGAUACAAGACUGCCUCAGUGGUUAAGUUUAGGUCUUUAGUCUUUGACACACGGAGUGUUUUCUUUUGCACUCUCUUUUUUGUUAGGAGUUAGACAAACAUUUAUGGUUAACUUGUUUAUAGGCAUAAUUGACUGACAUUGAGAGCUUUGAAAGGCUCUAUUCUUAUUUGAUGACGAUACUCAUUUUUAAGAUUGAAGUCAUAAUAAUGUUGUUAUUA